AUGGCUCCCGCAGCUGCUGAGAGCGCCUCACCGAUUGGCAUUGCCAAUCUGCCCAACCAGCGACACAAGAUUGUCGCGAAGCGUGGAGCUAGCUUCACCAUCAUGGUUGCUGGCGAGUCUGGUCUGGGCAAGACGACCUUCAUCAACACCCUCUUCUCCACGACCAUCAAGAACUACGCCGACCACAAGCGCCGACACCAGAAGCAGGUCGACAAGACGGUGGAGAUUGAAAUCACCAAAGCCGAGCUCGAGGAGAAGUUCUUCAAGGUUCGAUUGACCGUCAUCGACACCCCUGGAUUCGGUGACUAUGUCAACAACCGCGACUCUUGGCAACCCAUCAUCGAGUUCCUCGACGACCAGCACGAGUCUUACAUGCUCCAGGAGCAGCAGCCGCGCCGUCAGGACAAGAUUGAUCUCCGUGUCCACGCCUGCCUGUACUUCAUCCGCCCUACCGGCCACACCCUGAAGCCCUUGGAUAUCGAGGUCAUGAAGCGCCUCUGCUCACGAGUCAACCUGAUCCCCGUCAUUGCCAAGGCUGAUACUCUCAGCCCCGCCGAUCUGGCCAAGUUCAAGCAGAGGAUUGUCAGUGUCAUCGAGGCCCAGAACAUCAAGAUCUACCAGCCCCCUAUCGAGGAGGAUGACGAGGCUGCCGCCCAGCACGCGCGUAGCCUUAUGGCUGCUAUGCCGUUUGCCGUCAUCGGAUCCGAGAAGGAUGUCAAGACCAGCGAUGGUCGCAUCGUCAAGGGCCGCCAGUACUCUUGGGGCGUUGCCGAGGUCGAGAACGAGGACCACUGUGACUUCAAGAAGCUGCGAUCCAUUUUGAUCCGCACUCACAUGCUCGACCUCAUCCACACCACUGAGGAGCUGCACUACGAGGCCUACCGAGCACAGCAGAUGGAGACUCGCAAGUUCGGCGAGGCCCGACCCCGGAAGCUCGACAACCCCAAGUUCAAGGAGGAGGAAGAGGCUCUGCGAAAGCGUUUCACUGAGCAGGUCAAGGUCGAGGAGCAGCGCUUCCGACAAUGGGAACAGAAGCUCAUUGCUGAGCGUGAUCGUCUCAAUAAGGAUCUCGAGCAGACCCAUGCCCAGAUCAAGCAGCUGGAGAACGAGCUCGAGGCCAUGCAGGGUGGUGCCGUCCGAAGCCACGGCCGCCGAUAA